AUGUCUAAUACAACUUUUGUUCGCCCUGCAAAAUUCUAUCUCAGUGGGUUUUAUAACAUCCCUCAUGUUAAAUAUUUCUAUGUCUUCCUGUGUUUUGUUUAUAUCAUGACUGUUCUUGGCAAUGGCCUGCUCCUCUCAGUGAUUUACCUGGUCAAGACUCUUCAUACUCCUAAAUACAUGAUUGUGUUCAACCUGGCUUUAACAGAUUUGUGUGGCAGCACUGCUCUCAUCCCAAAACUCUUGGACACAUUUUUGUUUGACAACAGAUACAUUGUCUAUGAGGCUUGUUUAAGUUACAUGUUCUUUGUUUGGCUCUUCUUAGGUGUGCAGUCAUGGACACUUGUGAUUAUGGCAUAUGACAGGUUUAUAGCAAUUUGCUUCCCUUUAAGGUACCAUAGUAUUGUGACUAAACCAGCUAUUGCUGCAAUGCUGCUGUUUAUGUGGGUUUUUAUAUCAUGUCUAACAGCAUGCAGUGCUGGGCUUCUUAAUCGUAUCUCAUUCUGUGGUUCCUUGGUGAUACAAAGUUUUUUCUGUGAUCAUGGACCAAUGUAUCGUCUAGCUUGUAAUGACAACUCUUUAAGUUAUCACAUAGCAAAUGUUGUCUUAAUUGUUAUUGCUUGUUUUCCUCCUCUUUUAAUAGCAUUAACAUAUAUUUGCAUUGCCAUAGCACUGAGCAGAAUUGCAUCAAGAGAGGAACAAGUCAGAGCAGUGAAAACUUGUAUUUCUCAUCUGAUUAUUGUGGCUAUUUUCUUCCUACCACUCUUGGGCACCAACAUAGCUGCUCUGACCUCCUACCUCCAUCCUAAUGCCAGGAUCAUAAACUCUACUUUGACAAACACCAUACCACCUUUAUUCAAUCCAAUCAUAUACUCUUUAAAGACGGAAGAAGUGUUGAACUCUAUCUGGAAACUUUGCAAGAACAAAAGAUUGAGCAACAUAACCUUUUCCAAAAAGGUAACUUCUUUGUCACGGUUGUAUUGA